CACAGUCAUUGUGUUGACCGGCCAGCCCAUUGUCUGUGUGGGGGCACCGUGGACAAUGUCGCCAAUCUCUGUCCAAACUAUGAUCCAACACUGCUAUUGUGACCCGUCUUUUUCCCACUUAACCAGACAAGAUGGUGUCCCCGUGUGAUGAGAGGAGGAGGAGGAGGAGGAGGAGGUGGGGGUCCUCUGUUCUGCCUGGCACUGAGUUAGAGAAUGUGAAGAGCACACAGAUUAUCAAUCUGUGACACUGGUACAGUCACUGGUGAUCAUGUGCAGACGUGGAUGGGCUACGUAGCCAACACAACAUCAUCGUAACUUCUCUGCUGACAGUGAGUAUUACACAGAAGUCUCUGCUUCUCUAUGCUUGGUGCUUCCUGUUUUUCUGCCUCCACCGUGAACGUCAGCCUGCUUACAGAGAGUAAGCAUAUGAAAUUUACAGUUUGGCUGCUGGAAUAUUUUCCUGAAAGCUGGAUUAUUUUCACAUGGAACACCAGCUCUAAGGAUGGAAACAACUGUUGUGGUUCCAAACCAACCGUUGCGAUGCUUUGACUGAGGUUCUGUGAUGGGAUGCAGAUGGAUGGACACUAACAACUCUAAUGCCAAGUGUCUGGUUUUGAGCCUGGCUGAGGUGUGACCGCUGCUAUGCCUGAGAUGCAGACCUUCUACCAGCCCCACCACACUAUCCAUCACCAUCCAGGUCUCUACCUGGACCCCACCCUGAUGCAGCGACACUUUGUGGAAGAUCAAGUGGAACUGUGGUGGUUCCAAGAGCCACGUCAUUCCCUAUUGUGCUACUGUGCUUCAGUGGCCAUCAUACUGGCGCUGGGCCUUGGUGGUGUGGGCCUCCUCUCCAGCACCACAAGCCUGUCCGGAGAGUGGCGCCUUGGUGUAGGGACUACACUCUGCCUCUUAGCCCUGGCUGUUCUGCUCAAGCAGCUGCUUAGCUCUGCCAUCCAGGACAUGAACUGUGUGCACAGCCGACGUCGGAUCGACCAGCUGAAAAGUGGCGGGAGGGCUGACCCGGCAUUGAUCUUAGCUGUGGGGCUGGCAGUGACUCUCUGUGGGACGGUGCUUCUUUGCAUGGCCAUAAUCGGCAGCCAAGGUCAUGACAGCAAGGAAAUGUUGGUGUCUAGUCUGAUGCUGAUGGCUGCUGGGGUAGGCAUGGCUCUAGCUGUGGUGGGCUACAACAUGCUCAUCUACCUUAAAAAAAGAAGGGAGCAGAGGAGGAGAAGGAUGAUGAGAAUGAGCCGAGCGAGGAUGCUGGGAAGCCGAGCUGUCAGGGUGUUCAGUGUCUCAGGAGGACAGAUGAGCCAGGCUAGGAGAGAGACAUCCUCCAGCAGGACCAGUCUGAUCUGAAUGGAGCAAAUCUGAAUGGGCAGAAUCACUGAGAGAAAAAAAGAUCAGAGAUUAGAUUUGUGGAAAACAAAGAUUUUAAUUCAGGAAAUCAUCAGUGCCCCUAGUCUUGGCUGUUAGGGGAUCUUUGUGUUUUUGUUUUCCAUCAGCAUAAAAAUGAUUUCUGUUCAAAAUCAUCAAAAGAAUACCUGCAAAUAGUUUG